AUGAUGGAUGAGAAGUUCGCGAACGAAAUGCCGCCACACCACCCCUAUGACCAACAGAUACCGCUUAAGGAAGGAAAAGAACCCCCGUUUGGGCCACUCUAUGGUAUAUCCUACAAGGAACUCAUCGUGCUCAAGCAAUACAUACAGGAUAACCUUGAAAAGGGGUUUAUCCAGGCCAUCUCUUCCCCCGCCGGUGCCCCCAUCGUAUUUGUUAAAAAGGCUGCUGGAACACUCCAUCCGAAUGGCUGGAGUGAAAAAUGGAAAACAUCCUUUUGUACACGUGACAGGGAUUUCGGAUAUAGAGUGAUGCCUUUCGGCCUUACCAAUGCGCCAGCCACCUUCCAACACUUUAUUAACGAUUGCGUCCGUGACUACCUUGAUAUGUUCUGUCCAGCCUACCUUGACAAUAUUCUCAUCUACAAUUACAUCUUCGAAGAACAUCAACUACAUGUCAAAAAGGUCCUGGAAGCCCUACCAAGAAAUGGAGUACUGCUGAAACCAGAGAAAUUCGAAUUUCAUACACAAAGCAUCAUCUACCUCGGCUUCAUUAUGGAACCAAAUGGUAUUAAAAUGGAUUCGAAGAAAGUAGAGCCAGUGAAGAAUUGGACCGUCCCCAAAACAGCCCAAAUGGUCUUCAACCUCCUGAGAAAAAGCCUUCACAGCCGCUCCCAUCCUCACCCCUUUCGACCCAGAAAAGAAAUUACUGUGGAAACCGAUGCAUCUGACUAUGUCUCUGUCACUGUACUCUCCCAAUACAAUGAUAAUGGUACCCUUCGACCCGUCACAUACUUCUCAAAGAAGCACUCCCCCGCCGAAUGCAACUAUGAGAUUUAUGACAAAGAAUUACUGGCGAUUAUUCGAUCCUUAGAGGAAUGGCGACCGGAACUUGAAGGGGCUGCACACCCAAUCACCGUCAUAUCCGAUCAUAAGAAUCUCAAAUACUUUAUGAGUACUAAACAAAUCAACCGGAGACAACCACACUGGGCAGAAUACCUAUCAUGUUUCAAUUUUGUCAUCAAGUACCGACCAGGGUAA